AUGCCAUUAGUUUCUUUAUUUGAUCGAGCUUUACCAACUUCAUCCUCAUUUAAACAAUCAAAUAAUAUUCAUACAGAACAGCCUAGUAUUCUUUCCUAUUCAUCAAAUGGCAAUAAUGCUGCCAAGGAGAAUGGCUGUGAAUCGUCUUUUAUCAAGCAGCAGCAUCAUCAGCAACAUCAUCAUCAUCAUCAUCAACGUAAGUUAGUUACCACCAGUAGAGAAUAA